AAAAGCACGUUCGUUCGCAAGCGCUCAGUCUUGAUCCUCCAUCCAUCGGUCUUUUUCCCGCUGUGCAUACAAGAAGAAUGUCAAACGAUUACAAAGAGUCUAUUCCAGGACCCCAGACAACCUCUGAAGGUUCUGGAAAUGCUGGUAACUCCUGUGGCGUAGACAGCAGGGACCCUAACGUAGGAGACCAGUCUAAUGAAACUGAAAAUUGCAGCACUACAGAAUGUUACGAGAGCUUCGAUGACAUGGAAUUGCCAGAUCCCCUACUAAGGGGCAUCUACGCUUACGGCUUUGAAAAACCCUCUGCUAUUCAGCAGCUUGCUAUAGUACCGUGUUGCCAUGGCAAAGACGUUAUUGCUCAGGCCCAGUCGGGCACUGGAAAGACGGCCACGUUUGCCAUCUCCAUCCUGCGCCAAAUUGACACGAGCAAGAACGAAGUCCAGGCACUGGUCCUGGCCCCGACCAGAGAGCUGGCUACCCAGAUCCAGAAGGUGAUCCUGGCGCUGGGCGACUACAUGAAUGCCAAGUGUGUGGCCUGCAUCGGCGGCACUGCCGUGCAGACGGACAUCUCCAAGCUGGGAACGAAGGUCCACAUUGUGGUGGGCACCCCCGGCAGAGUCUUUGACAUGAUCCGGAGGAACGUCCUGAACACCGACUACAUCAAGAUGUUUGUCUUGGAUGAAGCCGACGAGAUGUUGUCCAGGGGCUUCAAGGAUCAAAUCUAUGACGUCUUCAGGAUGCUGAACCAUGAUUUGCUCCAGGUGAUCUUAUUGUCGGCCACCAUGCCCCCGGACGUGCUGGACGUGACCACCAAGUUCAUGGUCAAGCCUAUCCGCAUCCUGGUGAAGAAGGAGGAGCUGUCGCUGGAGGGCAUCAAGCAGUUCUACGUCAACGUAGAAAAGGAGGAUUGGAAGUUUGACACUCUCUGCGACUUGUAUGAAACGCUGACCAUCACGCAGGCUGUCAUUUUCUGCAAUACGAGAAGGAAAGUGUCCAUGUUGCACGACGCUAUGACGAGGAAAGACUUCACCGUCUCCAGCAUGCACGGAGAUAUGGAGCAGAAGGACCGGGACAUCAUCAUGAGGGAGUUCCGCUCUGGCUCCAGCCGCGUGCUGAUCACCACUGACCUGCUGGCCCGUGGUAUUGACGUCCAGCAGAUCUCGCUGGUCAUCAACUAUGACCUGCCCUCCAACAGGGAGAACUACAUUCACAGGAUUGGCCGUGGUGGCCGCUUUGGUCGGAAGGGUGUAGCUAUCAAUUUCGUCGCUCAAGAGGACUUGCGAGCCCUCCAGGAACUAGAAGAGUUUUAUAACACUGACAUUGAUGAGAUGCCCAUGAACGUGGCCGACCUGAUUUAAUUCUCUGUGGACAAGUCGCCGUGGCGACGCCAUUCGCAGUGCCUGAUUGGUCCUCUGCUUACGGACAGGAUCCUCCUCGGACGUGCGACGACACCUGCGUAUUACUUGCGAAAAUUGAGCUAAAGCCAUUCGAGUCUUUAGUGACCAAAAAGCGAGUUGGGGUUUAUUGUUUUUAUGGGGUUUCAGUGUGACAUUUAGAUAUCAGGUCCAUAAAGCACCUGAGAUUUGUUGAUCGUCCGUUUGGAUUGAAUCACUGACUGCGAUAAGCUCGACAAGGCUAACUCCAAGGGGGCCCAUUCUCUUCCCCCUUUACAAAAGGGGGCCCACCCUCUGUGGGCCAAGUAGUGUUUACUUGUAAAACUUAUGGAUAUUGAUAUUUUAAGUAUUUAAAGCGAGCAUUACCCGUGAGCUGAUGUAGUUGUAUCUGUAGUUGUUACCAUAAAGAGUAUUUUCCUUUGGAGCACUUUGUUAAUAUAUAUAUUAUAAAAAUAAAUUGUUUGGGUUGAAACUUAAAAAAAGUUGCAGCUGUUGCAGUGUGUCGCAAAGCUGUACUUGUAUUGUUACGGUAAGAGAAUUUGCUAAAGAAAAAAAACCUAUUACAGCAAUGGAUUUAUAUGACUGCUGUUUGAUUGUCAUCUUAAAUAUCAACUUCACCGGCAAUUAUAAUUGUAACCAAGAACCUGAUGGGUUCUUUUCUGUUGAGUCGCUUCUACAUUUGCCAGAGAGACUCGGGGCCUACGUUGCCAAAAACAUAAACGAGAAGGCAUAUUUUAGGGGGGAUACGGUUUCUUUCAACUCACUGCUGGCAUGUUUAACUGGCCAUGGCUGCUGGGUGCUAUUGAGAAAGUCACGUCGGGGAUAUAUUCUGACGCAUUUUUCUGUAAGGUGUUUCAGGCGUUACCGAUUUGGUCAGGAAUGGAAACCAUUAAUCGUUUUAUGUCUGCGCUCGUUCCAAGUUGCAAAAGAAUUAAAUGUAAAUGUAUCUUCAAUAUCAUUAAUGUACGUGCAAGUAACGAAACCUUUAUCCAGACAAACGUCGGUAAUACAUUUUAAAAGGCCACUAAUUCUGUUGAUCAUUUCAGUCUCAAUUGAUGUUUGUCAUUGUCACAUAUGCUGGUUAUUAGUUGGGUUAAUGCUCCCGAUUUUGUUGUACUAUGUGUAUUGUCUAGAUUUAUUAAAUACAUGUACAAAAAUUA